AUGCACAGUCUUCUUUCUGUCGGUGCGGCCCUUGCCGUCAUGAUCCAGGGAACGAACGCUGCUGCAACCAGUGCCGUUGCUACUUGGUACGGUGGAAACUUGAAUGGAGGAAACUGCCUAUUCUCUGGCUACACUCUGCCCUCCAGCGUGCUUGGUACCGCUCUAUCAUACACCAACUACAACGGCAACUGCGGCAGUUGCCUUAACGUCAAGGGUCCCAAGGGAAAUACCAUCAAGGUGAUGGUCGUCGACAAGUGCCCUCAAGGCUGUGGAGCCGGGCAGCUUGAUCUCUUCCCCGAUGCGUUUGCCAAGCUUGACGACCCCAACAAGGGUGAGAUUAAAGUGCAGUGGGAACAAGUCCCGUGCGGGAUCACCACGCCCAUAGUUGUCCGCAAUAAGGAGGGCACUUCUAAGUGGUGGUUCUCCAUGCAAGUCAUGAACCACAACUAUCCCGUCACCAAGUUCGAAGUCAGUGCCGACGGCGGCAAGACCUGGCAGAGUACCAUUCGCCAAGACUACAACUACUGGCAGAAAAGCAGCGGUGAUGGCUUCAACGUCGACACUGUCAGCGUCCGUGUCACCUGUAGUAACGGGAAGCAAGUUGUGAUAAACAACGUAGGCACCACUGAGAAGGCGCAGUUCAAGGCUUCUGGCAAUUGCUGA